AUAUUCAUCCGCUAUUUUUUGACAGCAGACUGUUUCUGUGUUCGGUUGUUGCGCAGUUGUAUUCAGACUUCAGUAAAUAUCAGGGUAGUUUACAGAUAAUUAAAAUCUUUCCAGCCAUGGACACGACUAUCCCGACCGCGAGUUUUGCUCUGCUUUGUGUUUUUCUUCUCUGUGAGCCCUCACUUCAAACAGAGAAACACUCCCUGUAUUACAUUUACACAGCGCUGUCUAAACCUGUCGAGCGGCCGGGCAUCUAUCAGUUCACUGCUAUGGGUCUGCUAGAUGACAGAGAGAUCGACUAUUACAAUAGCAUCGAUCAGAGAAAGAUUCCCAAACAGGACUGGAUGAAGGAAAAAAUGCAGGAGGAUUACUGGGAGAAAGGCACCCAGUCCAGAAAGAGCAAAGAACAGUGGUUUAAUGUGAACGUCGACAUUCUGAUGAAACGCAUGAGACACAAUGAGUCUGAUGUUCAUGUUCUUCAGUGCAGAGUUGGUUGUGAAAUUGAGAAACAGGGAGAUGAAGUGAGGUUUUCCAGAGGCAUUUUUGAGUUCAGCUAUGAUGGAGAUAACUUCCUGUCUUUUGAUGAUAAGGAGUCUCAGUGGGUCACUCCUGUUGAUGCAGCUCUACCAACCAAGAGAAAGUGGGAUGAUGUGCCCAUCCUAAACCAGUACACCAAGGGCUACCUGGAGAAAGAGUGUGUGGACUGGCUUAACAAAUUCAGAGACUAUGGAGAUGAGGAGCUCAAAAAGGGCUCUCCUCCAGAUGUUCAUGUGUUGGCAAAAAGGUGCACCAGAGACAAAACCAAAGUCAAACUCACCUGUUUUGCCACUGGCCUCUACCUCAAAGAUGUGAUGCUGCUAAUUAGGAAAUAUCGCUCACCCCUGCCUGAAGAGGAGAUUGUAUCCUCAGGAGUCAGACCAAACCAUGAUGGAACCUACCAGCUGAAGAAGAGUGUGUUUAUCCAGGAGGAUGAAGAUGCAGAAUAUGAUUGUUUUGUGUUUCACAGAGCCCUCAAAGAGCCAAUUAUCACCAAAUGGGAAGUUCAGUCAGUCUACUGUUUGAGUACUUGAAUUACUCCGGGAUAUUGGUUUGUUUGAACUCAGAGGGAGUAUCAGCCACAUUAAAAAAGUGAACAGCAAUUCGAUUUGGCGAACUGUUUACAUCUAAUGAUUCGUUCGCGAACCGGAUAUGACAAACUGCUUUGUUUUGAACUCUCUCACAACAGACACGGAAAAGAAGACAAUGCUGAAUAAAGUUUUAGUUUUUGCUAU